CAGAGUGUCGACCUAAAGAUGUACUUUCAUCUGACUGACAUCACAUUCAUCCCGGACGAGGCAAUACAAAAAGUUAUUGAUCAGUAUUAUAGUAAUACAUCUACCCUGGAAUUACCGGAUGCUGGCGAAAUCGCCCAACAAGUGAAGAAAAAUGCCCCCAAAGGCUUGCUCAAUCGCUCGUUGUUGAAGCGAUUGUGCCAAGCGCCUGCUUGUUUCGCGGAUCCGAAUUUUUGGUCUAUUUCUGGUUUUGACAGGCGUUUCCGGUGGUUUGAUCAUCAUUUGUCCUUUUCUGGUGGCGAGCUUCACUUGUAUGCCACAUCCUCUUCCGUAAAUUCAACGCGAACGGUGGAACAACAAGAAGAUUUUGUCACUUGUGAUGAUGUUGUCCGACAACAACGCAUCGAUUCAGUGGUGAACGCGGUGAUGAACAAUCUCCUGCCGACAUUGGAUCCGGAGCCAGAGCUUGAUCUGUCCACGGUUGGUGACCACACCGAUUUGUUACGCUGUUUGGAGAAAUUUAUCAUCGAAGGCCGAUUCACGGGUCGCACUGUGGAGGAAAUCAAAGCCACCCUCGGUGAUACGGAGGAACUGGCUCACGUCUUUAAUGUUUUGCUGAAUACCAAAAUGGUUUUCUGGCUCGGUAGCACCGUUUCACGUUUUGUGCACCUUCGAUACCUCCGACUUUGGGUUAUCCAUCUGAAAUCCAAUCGCACGGUGACUUCGAAGUCGAUCACUACCAACCACGUAGAUGACAUGCCUAUCGAACCUGCAGAGAAGCGUCCAAGGAUGUUUCCCGAAUCGACGGAGGUGGCGGAACCAACUCCUCCUCCUCCUAUUCCUCCAUCAUCUCCCGAUCGACCGGUGGAUAUCAAAGGCAAUCUGGAUCCAGGUGAACACACUUUCGAAGAGGAACUGGCCUCAAAGCAUGAAAUCGAAGACCUGGGUUACUUUUUCCCCGAGUGUUGGUACGCCGAAGACGGACGUCCGAAACCGAGAUAUUUUUGUGGUUUUCUCCAAGGCCUGAUCUCCCGCUUGACCGAUUCUUCCGGAGUCACUUUGUCCCACUUCGCCAUGGAACACCAAUGGCUGUUUGGGCCACAGGCCGUGAGACGUUUGGUAUUUUUAAUGGAAGAUACCGACCAUCGCUUUUCCUUGGUCGUGUCACCGAUACCCUUUUGCUUGAGCCAGGCCUAG